AUGUCAAAUCCACGCAUCGAAGAGCUUCCCGAUGACCCACCUGCCAAGAAGGGCGCAGAGGUCGACGAUGCCUCGAGCAGCUCCGACUCAGAUGAAGCGGAUGCGGCAGGAGGAGAGGGGGACUCCGGCAUCCCAGCUGGUUCCAGUGUGACCGUGCACUCUCGUAACGAGAAGAAAGCGAGAAAAUCAAUUGCGAAACUGGGGUUGAAGCACGUUCCGGGUAUCACAAGGGUCACGUUGAGGAGGCCGAAAAAUAUCCUCUUCGUCAUCAAUUCGCCCGACGUCUACAAGUCCCCCUCAAGCAACACUUGGAUUAUCUUUGGAGAAGCCAAGAUUGAGGACCUCAGCUCUCAGAUAAGCGACAGCGCUCUCAAGAACAUGACACCCUCCGACAACGCUGGUGACUCUCACGCCGGCCACAACCACGCUGCCGAGGGCAAGGGCAAGGCUAUCGAAGAGGCCAAGAAAGAGGAAGAGGAAGAUGAUGGGGAGGAGGUUGAUGACUCGGGUCUGGAGGCCAAGGAUAUUGAGCUGGUCAUGGCCCAAGCGAGUGUGUCGCGGAAGAAGGCGGUCAAGGCUCUCAAGGAGCGCUCCGCCGCCCUGAAACUCGACUGGACCAAAAUCUCCACCUCUCUCGGUCUCAAAGGCCAGACGGCAACCGCGCUCCAAGCCUUCAAAAAGCGCAACGACGACGCGCGCCGCAAGGUCAACCUGCUGAGCUCGCAGCCCCAGUCCGUCGACUUCCAACACUACCGCGACACCCUGAACAACACGGCCGUGGUCGACGAGAUCGAAGGCCACGUCAAGGCGUUCAAGCCGGCUACGUACGAUGUGGGACGGCAGAUCAAGGCCAUCGAGGCGUUUGAGGUGCAGGCUGUGAAGAGCGCGGAGGAGACGAAGGGGAAGGUGGAUGGGGAAUUGAGGGACUUGGAGGCGACGUUGAAGAAUAUCGAAACCGCGAGACCGUUCGAGGAUUUGACUGUUGACGAAGUUGUGGCGGCACGCCCCGAUAUCGACACUCGAACAGAACAGCUUGUGUCGAAGGGGCGUUGGCACGUCCCCGGCUACAAGGAGAAAUUUGGGGAUCUCUCGGUGCUAUAG